CGCCCCGCCCCCGCAUUCCGCACUCGGCCCCUGGGGCUGCUGACUUAUUCCAUGGCCCCAUGUGGAGCAGCGGGGUUGCUGCCAUUCCAGUGGCAGUGAUUGGGUAUUGGCCACCAGUCACAGCUCUUGGAAGCCGCAGAGAGAAAUGACCCAGAGAGAUGCCACAGCCCGCUACAGCUUCCCACUUUCCAGGAUCACGCCACUGAAGGCCAUGGCUGGUACCGGCAGUUGGUGGGAAGAUCCCAGCACCCUGGUCAGAGUCGAUGAGCCCAGGGACAGGCCGGCAUGUCUCAGGAAGCAUUUGAGGAGCCAGAAGGAGAAGCAGAGCAUUGCUGAGCGGCUGAGCCUUGGCUUCACCUUGGUGCCCAGGAAGUCUCCCCUGGGGUAUUACCUGGGCAGGCUUGUGCCCUCCAAGACCUGCUCCUUUCGCCAAAGCCUGCCUGUGGAAGCCAGCCUGGGUGUUGCCUGUCAGCCUGUGGUGCGCUCUCCCAACACCAUCGCCUCCCACAGGGCUUCUGCAGGGGCCUGGCUGGCUAGCGCUGCCCUGAAAACAGGCCGUGCCACAGACCACACCCAGCUCAGGGGCAGCAGGAUCCUCCUGCCCCUAACCAAGCCAGCUCUCAGAGUGAGACCCAUCUCCUCGCCCAGGGCAGGGCCAUUUGAGCCAACCCGUCCUGCUGCCUGGGAGCCCAAAUCCACCAGCAGGCACAAGCUUGCUGUGGUCAAACCAGCUGUCAAUGCCAGGAGGGCCCGGCUGGCAGAAUGGCAAGCUGCCAAGGGCAAGGUGCUGAAGAGACCCCCAAGUGUAAUGAUCCCUGCUCUGCCCAAGAGAUGCUUGUCCAAGGAGCCCCCUGUCCUGUCCUCCUGGACUAUCAUAACAGAUGAAGAAGAUACGAGAUCAGAGCUGGACCAAGCCAGCCUGGCAGUUCUGGAGCAGCCCAGCCAAGCUGACAGGGGUGCCCGCAGGGAGGAGGCGGUAGCUCCAUUGGACCCAGCGACUCAGGGGGCCCAGGACUCAGUGGAGUACUGGGUCUGGGUGCAACUGCCUGCAGGGGCUUCUGGGAACACCUGCCCUGCUGGCAAGGGGCCUCAGCAUCUAGCAGAUGAGCAGUGUGGAUCGGUGAGGGCUGUGGACAAUGGCAAGAGACUCCUGUAUGCAUCUACGCUGCAGAUCAGUGUGUGGAAAAGACUACCCAAGCUGUCACACUCUGACCCACACCCGUCUUCUCUGGCUGCAGAGUGAACACAUUGUGCUACUGGCCUAUAUCCCUUGCUCAAUCUGUCCUGGCUGAUCUGAGAAGAGUUUGGGAAGGAGAGAAGAGAUCUCCAUUCUGUCUGCAUUUGGAAGCUCCCAGAACUUUCUCUCUAGCCUUCCAGUCGUGUACAGCGCGCCCCCCCCCCCCCCCCAAGCACCACAUGGCAUGGGUAUUUCCUGUCCUAGUUGUCAAGGACCCUUGUAGAGAAUCCAAAGCUUUAGAACCCUAAAAAGAUGUUUCAUGUCAGGGAGGGGACUGAACUGGGACAAGCCGUAACCCCCAAAAGGGCUCCAGAUCUAAAUGUCUUGUCUUUCAUGGCUGGAUCAGCACUCCAGCAUUGCUCCCUUCUACCUUUUUUAUCUAUUGUCUGUCUGUCUGUCACCAAGCUGUUCACAAAGGCAUGUUUUUAUGUAACCUGUACUGAAUUCUUCAAUAAAGUCUUUAAUAAAGAUUCUA